GCAGUUUCCGUUGAUGUCGUGAUACAUGGUCACUUACUUUGUGAUAUUCGCCAUUUUAUCGCUCAAUGUGUGCUGUGAUUUUCUGAAGGACGUGCAGGAUUCCGACCUGUUGAUCGUCAAGGGUAAGAUUUGCGAUUAGUGCACAAACUGGGCACUCGUGCUCACAGACAAUUUGUAUUCUAUGAAAAUUAUGGAUCCAUAAGACACGAUAUGUGUAGAUGCCUCGAUAAACUGCAAGGGAACGACCGGGCAAGGCGACGUUGGAGCGGCCAUGGAGGAAUGCAAGAAGGGACAGUUUGACGCUUUUCAAUUCACAGGGAGCGGACUGAAGAUUUGCAGCGAUUUUGACAUUUUAUCUGCAGCUCCUCUGAAAUCUUCACCUGGGAGUUACGCGGUGCUACACAAGAGAGCGUUCGAAUCGCUUGGAGCUCAGGUGGCCCUUAACGAAGACUUUGAGUGCUCUGGAAUCGCCACAAAGAGGGACUCUGACUCUCUGCAGAAGCUCAUACAAGAGGUUGACCAUGGAAGUAACGUAUCUCUAAGUCUCCUCGGGGAUUCCUUCAAGGCAACUCAGUGUUGGACGCCAGAAAAGAGGACCAAGAAGCGAGGGAAUGUAAUUCUGCUAAACGUCAAGGGAAUAACGCCGAGGACCAUAAAAAUCAAGACUAGGCAGUGUUUUAUCAACGGAUCGAUACAACCUGACGACUACAAUAAAAUUUACUUUGCCGGUGACGUGAUCCCCGCGUCACUAUAA